AUGCUGCGAUCAGCAAGCUCAGCCGUGAAAGCAGCGACGGCGGCUCAGCCUCGCUUAUCAGUUCGCUCUCUGGCAGCAGCUGCACCUCAAGCACGAUUGAUCUCGUCUUCAUCACACAGACGGCGCAGCGACGACUCACGUAAAGCAGCGGUCACCUCGACUCCCAAUGCUUCGAACCCCGCACAACGCACUGCAGCUGGAGCAGGCGUCGGCCGCUCCGCAUCGUCCGCUCCCUCCUCAUCUUCACCCUCGACAUCUGCCGCUGCUGCGUCCAAACCAGUGCAAAUCUCAUACAACCCGCCCAACAUGGGCACCGCCGGCGGAGGAUCCAUCACGCUCAACCUGCCGCCGCAACUUGUGCAAGCCAUGUCGCGCAAGAAGAAUGUCGCUCCCACAAAGACCUCUUCAGCACGCGCCAAAGCUCAGGCGUCCAAAGCGCUCAGGCAGACGCUCCCGGAGCCUACAACGGGCGAAGUGUAUGCGUGGGCGACGGCGUACUCGUACUCGUUCUCUGAGCUGACUCGGUCCGGAAGGCUGCCCGCGAACUAUCAGAUUUUCGAGGACAACGAGGUGAUCCAUAUCCCGCAGUGGCCUGUGCCUUCGUCGGCUGCUGCUGCAUCAGCAGGGUCUUCGGCGUCGAGCUCGACCACGAGCCGGGGAGAAGUGUUUAUUUUCCGGUCUGGAUCGUACGUCACCUGGGGCAUGGAUGAAGAGCAGAGCCAGCGUUUCUUAAGGAACGUUAUCCAGGGCAGAGAUCUCAAGUUCCAGGUCGAAGUCGGGAGGUAUCCGCAGAUUGGCGACGAGGCCAUGGAUUAUCUGUAUGCUCCUGCCCAGCCCACUCGAGUGCAAGGCGACAUUAUCGUCAUCGGCCAGCCGCCCAAGUCGUUCGACGCUGAGGCAGAGACAGUCGCAGACGAGACCGGCUCAGAAAGCUUGCUUGCCCAAGACUUGGGCGCUCACGCAGAACCUUCAAGUCCAACCCUGGCCAACCCAUCGGACGCCGCACCCGCUCCCUCCACCGCCGCAUCCAGCCCCUACACCCCCUUCGGCACAGAAUGGACACCCACCCUCGCGCGUCUCGCCUUCUCGCAAGGCCUCGCCCGCUCCGCCCGCCUCUCCGUUCAGGAAUCCGCCCUCUCGCGCUUCCUCACCACCGUCUCCGCCAUCCCGGCACAGCUCGAACUCGCCGGAUCCGUCCCCCUCUCCCGCACCGCCACCAUCAAACACACCGGCACUCUCCUCCGCUUGCGCCAGACCGCCAACUUGGACAGGGACAACUUCUACGACGAACCCGAGGUCUACUGGGAAAACUCAAAGAUGGAGGACCACUAUCGAUCCAUCUGCCACAGCCUGGAUAUUGGGCAGCGCUUCGAGACGCUGAACGAGAAGCUCGACCACUGCGAGAACCUGUUGGGGGUGGUGAGGGCGUUGUUGACAGAGAAGUCGACGCACAGGAUGGAGCUGAUCAUUAUCGGGCUGAUUGCGUUCGAGGCGGGCAUGGCGCUGGUCGGCCAUGGGUGGGUGCCCACGCCGGAGAACGUGAGGGGCUGGUGGGCUGGUGCGAAGGAAUACUUUGGACUGGAUGCGAUAGUAAAGGGUGAUGGUGAGGUGGUGACGCCGAUUUCUUUGCCACCGACGGCUCAGCCUCAUCUUGUCUGA